CUCAGUUGCAGGCACAAUCCCCCAGCCUGUACAACACACAUCCUUUUACACAUGACAUGCAUGUCAAUUCACCCCUCCAAUGACUGCUAAAUUCAGCUAUGUCACUUUCAUCCCCCGGCGUGGGGUAUCCCGCCGAAUAGGGCUGCGCCGGCGUCUCCUCCGCGGCCUGCUAAUCUGUGUCCUCGUCUGGACCAUCCUAGAUGUACUUUACAUCCAUCACCUCGUUUCGUCCUCCUCCUACCGAACCAAUGACAUUACUCGACCAUCACCCAUCCCAGAACGAAUAUUCAUCGCUAGCACGCACUGGAACAACGAAGCCAUCCUCCGAAGCCAUUGGAACGAUGCCAUCAUAGAACUAGCGAAAGCCUUCGGUCCAGAUAACAUCUUCGUGAGCAUCUUCGAGAGCGGAAGCUGGGAUGAUACCAAGGGGGCUUUGCGAGAUCUCGACGCGGAUCUGGACCGACUUGGUGUGCAGCGCAAUAUCACAUUAUCGGAUACGACGCAUGAGGAUGAGAUCUCCGCAUCGCCGGGUGAGGGCUGGAUCGACACGGCCCGGCAUAAGAAGGAGCUAAGACGCAUAUCUUAUCUGGCCCGGUUGCGCAAUUGGUCCUUGCGGCCGUUGGAGGAUCUAGCGCGACGGGGUGUUAUAUUUGAUAAAGUGUUGUUUCUGAAUGAUGUGGUCUUUACGGUUGACGAUGUGAUUUCACUACUGGAGACAAAUGAUGGAUCAUAUGCUGCUGCUUGCUCGCUAGACUUUUCCAAGCCACCGAUUUAUUAUGAUACGUUCGCCCUUCGUGAUGCAAACGGCGACGAACAUGUUAUGCAGACAUGGCCUUAUUUCCGUUCUGAAGUGUCGCGCAAUGCGCUAUACUCCAUGUCUCCUGUGCCGGUCAAAAGCUGCUGGAAUGGAAUGGUCGCUAUGCCCGCGGAGCCGUUCUUAUCCACUCCUCCGCUGCGAUUCCGUGCCAUUUCCGACUCCCUUGCGAAAUCACACCUCGAAGGCUCAGAAUGCUGUUUGAUUCACGCAGAUAAUCCACUUUCCCAAGAGCUGGGGGUAUAUCUGAACCCUAAGGUCCGCGUUGGCUACAACCCUGCAGCUUACGAAGCUGUUCAUCCUACCGGUGCCUGGCUAUCGCUACAACAUGUAGCAUUGGCUCUAUGGGAGAAUAGAAUCCGACGCUGGGUUACAACACCAUUGUUCAAGAAAAUGGUCGUCCGCAGAAGACUCAGUCGCUGGCAGGAUGCUCAUCCGGAUGAGAAAGAGCCUGGCGACUUCUGCCUGAUUAAUGAGAUGCAGGUGCUUGCCUAUAAUGGAUGGGCACAUGUAUGAUCUGGGAUCAGGGAGCGAUUCUAGAUCUAGGGGAUUUCACUUGGCUGAAAUCACUACAGCGACACAAAAUCAGCCACCCACGCAGCU